GCUGAGCGCGAGUUCAGCCGGCCAGUCAUGAUUCAUUGCACGGCAGCCAAGGCAGCACGGUGAUUACUAGGCUGCUGUGCUCUGUAACGUUAGGUCUCAAUGAAUGUUCCUCAGAACAGAAGACAACCAGGUGGAGGUAUCCAUGCUCUUCAAGAGUGGUGUAGGAUACAAUGCGAGGGUUACAACGAUGUGGACGUAAGGGAUAUGACAACGUCCUUCAGAGAUGGCCUGGCGUUUUGUGCCAUCAUCCACAGACACAGACCGGAUUUGAUUGACUUCGACUCCCUCUCCAAAGAAAAUGUCUACGAGAACAACCGCCUGGCAUUUGAGGUGGCAGAGUCCGAGCUUGGCAUCCCAGCUUUGCUGGACGCUGAGGACAUGGUGUCCAUGAAAGUGCCUGACCGGUUGAGCAUCAUCACAUACGUCUCUCAGUAUUACAACUUCUUCACCAACAAGUCUCACGCCAAUCCCCCCUGCAUGAAGAGACCCAGUGGUACAGGCCAAAUAGAACCAGCUCUGAAGAGACUGGUUGCCCCCCUGGAAGACAGAGUGGUAGAGCCUGAGACGGGCGCGAUGGGCGCCCCCAAACGCAGCACUCUGAGCAGCACCUGCGCUGCCUGCGGGAAGCAUGUGCACCUGGUGCAGAGGUUCCUGGUCGACGGCAAGCUCUACCACCGGAACUGCUUCAGAUGUAAGGAGUGUAGCAGCACCUUGCUUCCAGGAUCUUACAAACCCGGAAGUGAUGCAGGUUCCCUGGUCUGCACACAUCACUUCGCCAGGUCCUCCUCAUCCAAUCAGAAUGGCAGACCGGAUCUUAGCAAACAGCCGGGAAUGCCUGCAAGGAUUCGUCCUAAAAGGCCUGAAACUCCACCCAAAGGGAGGAGCUUGGACAGACCAGCGCCCACUGAGAACGCUGCUAGUCCCCAGGCCACGGCCUUACCAGACCCGGCUACCAAAUCAGACUCUAUGGAGAGAGAGACCGAGAAAGAAAAGAGUGUGGCCGAGAGAGUGGCCGAGAAGGGAGGAGAAACGAGCGACAGCGUGAAGGAGGAGACGGCACCACCUAAGUCGUCCACUCCACCCAAUCCCUUCGACGAGACGGACGAGGAAGAGGAAGAGGAGGAGGAGAAGAGAGGGCAGGAUGAAAAUGCGCAGAAGCCAGCACCGAGCACGUUAAACGGUGCCCCUCCCCAUGCUCCACUGGGCCGAGGUGUGCCGGAGAGCAAGCCCGUGCCUGCCCCACGACGGCCAGCCGAGGUCACGCCUCCUCCUCGCCCCGCCCCGAGGAACAUCCAUCUGGUGGUGACCAGUCCAGCAGUAAACGGGGAUCCAAACGAUCGCCGGCGAUCAGCCCCCGUCCCCCGCGAACGAUCACACUCCCCUGGAAGCUCCAGCCAAUCCAGUGACACCCCCAAACCCAAAGACCCGCCCUGGCUGGCUCUCGUCCAGUCAGAUACCAAGAAGAAACCGGCCCCUCCUCCCCCUCCUCCUCCCGGGCUUGGUGCAUCUCAACGCACUGGCCCUGUUCCUUCUCUCAAAGGUGAGGGCUCGAGGCCCUGCACGCCCCCCCAGUCCAGCAACCCCUUCGACGACGAUGAGGACGAGGAGGAGCUGGCCGAGGAGCUGGCGGACAGCUUGGCACCGCCAUCGGCGUUGGCCAACCAUCCCUGGUACAGCAUCACGCAGGCGGCAGCAGCAGCAGAGGCCUCCGGCACAGACACGCCUCCCUGCCGAACUAGCCCCGCCCCCUCGGCCAGUCCAGGAAGUGGCCGAAAGAGGCGGCCGGCCCCCCGACCCCCACGGCCCUCCACUACAGCUCCCUCCCUCUCUCAGCCCUCCUCUGCCUCUCCCUCCCCAGCCCUGAGCACAGAGAGCCUCUGCUCGUCCUCCUCUGACCACGGUCAGCCCACCUCCCAGCCCCCGGCCCCCACCUCCUCCUCCCCCUCCUCCGCCUCCUCCUCCGCUGGACCGCAGGAGCCCGCAGGUACGCACCCCUUCACCAAGAGCGUGUCGGAGCCCUCCAUCAGUGGCCCGUCUCCACCGCCCUCGGACUCCCAGCUGCAGCAGCGUCGCUCCCCGAGCCCCUCCGCGCUGCCCGUGCUCGCACCGCCCACCAACACCAGCUCGGCGCCGGCCACGCCGCAGACCAGCCGCAGCGCGGGGCUCAAGGCGCCCAGGCCCCCGCCCCCGCGCCCCCCCACGACCUCCACGGGCUCUCUGUCCGCCGGGGCCUCGCCAGCCGAUACCCCCACACACAGCAAGCGAACCUGUAAGGAGAACCCCUUCAACAGAAAGGCCUCCCCCUCCCACCCCUCCCCCACCUCCAGGCCACCCAAGGGCCCACGCCCUGCCCGGCCCCCGGCUCCUGGACACGGCUUCCCCCUCAUCAAACGCAAGGUGCAGUCGGACCAGUACAUCCCGGUGGAGGACAUCCAUGGGGAGAUGGGCGACCUGGAGCGCCAACUGGACGAGCUGGAGCAGAGGGGCGUGGAGCUGGAGAAGAGACUCCGCGACUGCGGCAACGAUGAGGAAGAGGAGCAUCUGCUGGUGGACUGGUUCACUCUGAUUCAUGAGAAACAUCAGCUGGUGCGCAGGGAGGCCGAGCUGGUCUACACGGCCAAACAGCAGAAUCUGGAGGAAAGACAGGCCGACGUGGAGUAUGAACUGCGUUGUCUCCUUAACAAGCCAGAAAAAGAGUGGACUGACGAGGACAAGAACCGUGAGAAGGAGCUGAUGGCGGAGCUGGUCACCAUCAUCGAGCAGAGGAACCAGAUCAUUAACAACAUGGAUCAGGACAGGCAGAGGGAGGAAGAGGAAGAUAAGCUGUUGGCAGCCAUGUUGAAAAGAAAAGAUUUCCACAAAGAGGGAGACGAGCCGAAGAAGAAAGGAGCAAAGUUUAAGCCCAUGAAGGUGUUGAAGAGACUGAGUCACAAGAGCGAGGGGCCCAAGGGUGGCAGCCCGCAUAAGGACAAGAGUUGAGCUGGACCUGAAGCAGAGCGCCAGGCUGUCCUCCUCCUCCGCAUCGCAGAAGGGACGCCACGAUCGACUGAAAGUGACAGAUGGAGAUGGAGAGCGAGUGAGAGAAAGAAAGAAAGUAAGAAAGAAAGAGUGCUCAGGAGAGGACAGGCACUUUCAGUUUGACAAGAUUUGGACUUCGACAACUGACCGCAACGUUCUUCCUGUGUCCGUUUAUGUUAUACUUCAUCCAAAACACAGCCAUGCAUUGUGUAAGAGUUUGGUUUUGGGUUUUUUUACGCUGCCUUUGUGAACUGUGUGUGAGAGAGAGAGAGAGAGAGAGAGA